UAUUGAUCCCGUUCGGAUAAAAAAGUGAAAGAUUUUUGUGACCAAAAUGAACUUGUAAUUGAUUAUAUUUGCGAUCAAUUAGUGCUAGUAAGACGAGUGCAACGCGUUCUAAUGAAAUUACGCGGAUAAAGCAAGUGGAAACGACUAAAACGCAAAUGAAACCAUCAACUUGGUUGGGGUGUGUGUAACGUAGCUGGAAAAAAAGUGCUGAAAGACUUCUUUUUAAUUGCAUAUUAUUAUUGCCGUCAUAAUAAUAAUAUUUAAGCAGAAAAAAGCCAGGAAGGAAACAUCCGUGAUAUACUUGUGAACUUUUUAAAGUCCUACCGAGACAGACGAAACACUUUUUUUAACCCGUCAAACAAAAAUAUUAUUUUACUUUUUUUCCUUUUGCCUUUCUUUCGGAUUCAAGAAAUCGUCUCUUUUUUCUAAUACGAAAUAUAUGAUAUAUAUAAAUGUGUUUCUAAUGCAUGGCGUAUGAAUUUUUUUCAUUUUCAUAAAUGAAUGUACCAAACAACCGGAGAAGUUCUUUAUUAUUAAAUUAAUAAAAUAAUUGUGCACCGUGAAAGCGACACAGAAUCACAGAAAAAAGUUACUUUGAGCUCCGUUCCCGAAAAAAAAAACAUUUUUUGCGUGUGAACAAAAUUUUUUACGAAAGAGCAGUGCUAAAGAAAUUUCCAAAAAAUUACAAGAUUUUUUUGUGUUUUUUAAAUGUGCAACCAAAAAAUAUAUGAUAAAAUAAAAAAUAAUUCGUAAAUGUGCUAAAAAAGAAAAAAAUCACAAAAAACCAUAAAAAAAAAAAAUUUCAUAGAGAAAUUACCAAAACUCAAAAAUAAAAGGAAGAAAAAUAAAUCACAAUAUAAAUUUAUAUAAUCACAGUAGACAACAACAACAAAGAUGAGUGGCCGCCCCAGAACAACCUCCUUCGCCGAGGGAAAAACACAACCGAAUCCCGUCAUGGGAGGCAUGAAAAUAAGCAAAAAGCGCAAAGUGAUUGUGAAGAAGGUUGUCAAGUCGCGCCGCGGCUCAAACGCUUCGGCAACAUCGACAACCAGUUCCUUUGACGAAUCUGGAUCAUCGUUCAAUGCAUCUUUCGACAAAGACUCCAUUACGAACAUGAUACCGUACUACAGCAACAAGAACAAACGGAAUGACAAUGACGACGACGUCGAAAGUCACGUAGCGACACUCGAAAAGCUCGCAAAACCAUCGGACUAUGUGCCCCCCAAAGAGCGCCCUCUAGAUUUGCACGGGCAUAACUACAUCGUGCAUCGCUUGCCGGAACGCAAAGAUGGCUCAAAAGUGACAACGGUAGUAGCGACGCCCGGCCAAGGUCCCGAUCGACCACAGGAAGUUUCAUACACAGACACAAAAAUUAUCGGCAAUGGCAGUUUUGGUGUCGUCUUCCAGGCGAAACUUUGUGAUACAGGCGAACUGGUUGCUAUAAAGAAAGUUUUACAAGACAAACGAUUUAAGAAUCGCGAGUUGCAAAUUAUGCGAAGAUUAGAACAUUGUAAUAUCGUAAAGUUAAAAUACUUCUUUUAUUCAAGCGGAGAAAAGAAAGAUGAGGUCUAUCUGAACUUAGUUCUCGAGUAUAUUCCAGAGACUGUGUAUAAAGUUGCACGCCAGUACGCAAAGAAUAAACAGACUAUACCAAUUAAUUUUAUUCGGCUUUACAUGUACCAACUAUUCAGAAGUCUUGCAUACAUUCACUCGUUGGGUAUCUGCCAUCGUGAUAUAAAACCGCAAAAUCUUUUACUUGAUCCGGACUCGGCUGUGUUAAAACUCUGCGAUUUUGGUAGCGCCAAACAACUCUUGCAUGGCGAACCGAAUGUCUCGUACAUUUGUUCACGAUAUUAUCGGGCACCUGAAUUAAUAUUUGGCGCAAUCAAUUACACAACUAAAAUCGAUGUAUGGAGUGCCGGAUGUGUGCUAGCUGAGCUGCUUUUGGGACAACCCAUUUUCCCCGGAGACUCGGGCGUCGAUCAAUUAGUCGAAAUUAUCAAAGUUUUGGGCACACCGACACGCGACCAAAUCAAGGAGAUGAACCCCAACUACACAGAAUUCAAAUUUCCACAAAUUAAGAGUCAUCCAUGGCAAAAGGUCUUUAGAGCUCGCACACCACCGGAAGCAAUCGCAUUGGUAUCCCGUUUGCUCGAGUACACGCCGGGCGCACGAAUUACCCCCUUGCAGGCGUGUGCCCAUCCGUUCUUCAACGAACUGAGGGAAGGCAACAAGACACUGCCGAAUGGGCGCGAUUUUCCACCAUUAUUCAACUUUACUGAACAAGAGUUAGCAAUACAACCAACUUUAAACAGUAGCUUAUUGCCACGCAGUCCAAAUGAGGCGCCAUCAGCUGCAGCGACAAAUCAAAUUGGAGGACAAUCGUCGUCAACUGCAAGCGGCAAUAACGGCGGCAGCUCAACCGGUGACCAAUCACAGCAACAACAACAGCCAAACAGCUCCGGCAACAAUGGCGGCUCCUCCGCUGUCGAUGCGAGCAGUGAUGCCGUUGAUGCCUCGCAACAAAACAAAGCAGACGAUACAUCAAGUUCAAAUCAGCAACAAGGACAAGGAGCAAUAUCCCAAGGUUAGCUAAACAAGUAAAUUUUUUUAGGUAAAAUUCAUAUAUAAAAAAAAGAGAAAUGAGAUAACAUUUAAUAUAAAAGAAGAAGAAAUAUAAAAAAUGGUAAACAAUAAUUAUUAGCAAACAAGAAAAAAAUGGAAAAAUUAAUAAAAAAAAAUUG